CCUCGGAGAGAUAUAACGUAAGCUCCUCUCGGUUAUUACGUCCGUCAAAGCGAGGGAAGGUGGAGCAUUGUCCGUCGUACGUGCUGACGCAGUGGGAUUUCUACGUGUGGUCUGCGUUUCGGCCCGCCCUUCCCGCGGUGACGGUGAUGGGUCGGAAGCGGUGUGUUGGUGCAGAUUGUUCGAAGAUGGCGGCAGGGUGCUGCGGGGUGAAGAAGCAGAAGUUGUCGGGAUCCCCCGGGGGUGGGGGUCCCGGCGGGGCGGGCAGCGGAGUAGCCGGGACAGGACAUUGUGGAUCGGAAUUGGGGAUCGGGUCGUCGUCGACUGUUGUGGCCGGGAACGUGAAUCGGCUGAACGGCCUGGGGGGUCCGGGGGGUAGCAGUAGCAGCGGCAGCGGCAGCAACAACACCAAUGCUCUCUCCCCAACUCCAGGAGGCUACAACUCCACCGGCCUCUCCCCGACCCUCAGCCCCGGCUCCGGAGCCAGGAAGAUGGUCGUUUCGGCGGAGAUGUGUUGCUUUUGCUUCGACGUGCUUUAUUGCCAUCUUUACGGAUACCAGCCUCCUCGAACACCCAGGUUUACAAACGACCCCUACCCACUGUUUGUCACUUGGAAAAUCGGCCGGGACAAGCGGUUAAGGGGUUGUAUAGGUACAUUUUCUGCCAUGAACCUGCACUCAGGACUCAGGGAGUACACCCUUACCAGUGCCCUUAAAGACAGUCGCUUUCCCCCCAUGACGAGGGACGAGCUGCCGCGCCUCUUCUGCUCAGUGUCUCUGCUCACAAACUUUGAGGAUGUUGGUGAUUAUCUAGACUGGGAGGUGGGUGUUCACGGCAUUAGGAUAGAAUUUUUUAAUGAAAAAGGAUCAAAGCGCACCGCCACCUACCUGCCAGAGGUUGCGAAGGAGCAAGGAUGGGACCACAUUCAGACUAUAGAUUCCUUACUUCGAAAGGGAGGUUAUAAAGCUCCUAUCACAAAUGACUUCAGGAAGACUAUUAAAUUGACCAGGUACCGUAGUGAAAAGAUGACCAUGAGCUACGCAGAAUACAUCGCCCACCGCCAGCAUCAUCACUACCAGAAUGGCAUCGGGCACCCUCUCCCUCCAUACAACCAUUAUUCCUGACAGCGAGCCGCAUGACCAGCCACUGGACCUCUCGGCGGACAUCUUCCCGGGAGAGCCCGCCCCCUCGUGGUCUAGCUAUCUGUACUACUGUACCAUUUUAUGAUGAUAGUUUCCGUUGCCAUGUCGACAGUCCGUUGGAGGCAUGGCAGCGGGUGGCAAAUAAGCAUUAGGUGAUUAUAAAGCGAAAAAAUACAAUUCAUUUAUUUUGACAUUUUUAUUCUUUGUAUUAAUUUAGUUUUUGCAGCAUAUAUAUAAAUAUAUAUCAACCCCUUUCCUUUUUAAGCAAAUAAACAAGUACCAAGUUUUUUUUCUUUUUUGUUGUUUUAACAAAUUUCCUAAAAUCAGGUUUCUCAGUCUGUGGAUGGAAAUAAGUCAUAUUAAAUGAUGGGCUAGUUUUGAAGAUGCUUUUUAUGUACGCUCAGCUUUAGUGACUUUUUUUUUUGUUGCAAUUUUGUUGUUGUUUUUUUUCCUCUUUUAUUGUUUCUUAUUAGUUUGACUUUAUCAUAUAGGCAACCACAGGGUUUAAGGGAUUCUCUUUCCUCUCUGUGCAAUUCCUCUGAUCAUUUUCUUUUGUGAGUGGUGAUUUUGUUUUCCUUUCUCGUUUUAUCGUGAGCAUUGUUGUGGGUUGUAGGGAUAUGCAGUGUGGCAGAGUUAGAACUAGUCAAAUCUCGUUUUUGUUUUCCUCUAAUUCUCAGAUUAUUGAAACCACUAUCUUAAAUUAGUUUUUGGGUACCACAGAAUAUUUUCCCCAUAAUGCAGAAGCCUGUUGCUCUUAGCAUUACCAGAGUUGAUUUGAACUGAAUUUACUUAGAUAAACAGUUAGGCCCUUUUUUGUGUAGUGUUGCUACACGCGUAUUAAUCCAUGUGUCUCUUCUUUUGUUGAUGUGUUGUGCUAGUGUCGUUUGUGAGGUUGAAAGUAUAGGGCUGUACUAAAGGUGUAAUUGGACAAAGGUCUUUCUAGUCAGUUUUUGCCCACAACUGAAAUUUGUCUGUUUCGUAUCGCUCCUAUUUUGUCACACAGAGAGGAAAACCUUUGUGAGAGACCAAGGUCAAAUGACAGGGACAAGCUAAAAAAAAGCCAUACUCUUUUUAACGCAUGCUGUGGCAUUGUGGUUUCUCUAAAUGGCUGUUUUUAAUUCAUUUCUCUCCUGGUCCGUUUACCUGGCACAGGAAUCUUCACUCUUGUUUUUAAUGAUCUGGUCUUAUGGAUGAGUAUGUCCAUUUCUGUCUCACAUGGCAGCAAUGUUUACACCUCCAUACGAAUGCGUGAACUUUACAGUGGCUGUAAUUAAGAAGAUAACUUACGGAUCCUCGAGUCAAGCUGCUCUGGUGGCAUCUGAACCCCUCCACAUCUCGCGGUGAAGCUCGUCACACCAGGGAGUUUUUAAACUGCGGUUGUAGGUGUUUUCAUAGUUUUCUCAUGGACAAUUUAUUAGGCCCAUUUUAAACUCUUGCUCUGAAAGGUGUCCGUGUUAUUUUUUAUUUUUUUCAAAGACCAGGAUGUAGACAGAAUAUCACGUGUCAUAUUGUCUGUAGAAGCAGUGGACUCGCUUUUGAUCACUUCUGAAAGGAAAAUCGGGAACGAUUUCUGUCUUUUGUUUUCAUAUGCAAAAUGUUAAGGGCUUUUGGGGUUCCAUCCACAGUCAUUAUCCAGCUCACUAAAAC